AGCUCGCCAUGCACGGCCACAGGUGCAGCGCCAGGUUGCCACAACUGACACUGCCACGACCAUCCCUUGACGCAUUGGUGUUGCUCCACUGAAGCACCGGCGAUGCUCCGGCGGCCCUGCAAUGCCCCAACAUAACACCGAUGAUGCUUCGUUGCAGCACCGGCGAUGUUCCGACGGCCCGGCAAUGCUCCAACACAACAACAAUGAUGCUUCGUUGCAGCACCGGCGAUGCUCCAGCGGUCCGGCAAUGCUCCAACUUCGUUGCAGCACGGCGAUGCUCCAGCGAUCCGGUGCUCCAACACAACACCGAUGAUGCUUCGAUGCAGCACCGGCGAUGCUCCGGCGGCCCGGCAAUGCUCCAACACAACACCGAUGAUGCUUCGAUGCAACACCGGCGCCCCGGAAAUGCUCCAACCCGACACCGAUGAUGCUUCGAUGCAACACGAAAGACCAAACUAAAAUGCUGAUAUAAUAAUAUCAAGAUUAGUGCUAACAUUCACCCCCUAAUCUUGAUAUCAUACUCUUCGAUGCGGAUCACCCGCAGCCACUUGACGAUGCCAUCACAACACCGCAGCCGACCACUCGCCGCCACCGACGCUGUCUCAGCGCCGGUCACCAUCUUGUCGGGGAUGACGUCCUCGCGACGCCGAUCACCACACCAUCAUCAUCUUGCGGCAUCGCACCGCAUCUCCUUGUAACGGCCUCGCACCGUCGUCGUGGCAGCCUAGCACCACCUUCUCCUCCUAGUGGCAUCCCACCGCAACCACAUGUUCGCGCAGCAUCACAGCGCCGAACACCUCCUUGUCGUGGACGACGCCAUCGCAACGUCGAGCACCACGCACAAUAUUGUCGGCGAUGACGCCAUCGCGGCGCCGAUCACCAUGCCGACUUGCCGCUAACAGCGGCCACUUCUUGACGUGGACCACGCCAUCUUCGUCUCGCGGCAUCGCACCGCAACCGGCCGCCGACAACAUCGCGCCACCGGCAGCCUCCACCUCGUGGCGCCGUCCUCCACCUCACAUGGAGUCGGCCGCGCCGCCGUCGCCGCAUCGGAUCGACGAGGCUCUGAUGCCAAUUGUUGGCGCCGCCUCUCGCAGCGCCACUUUUCUUCUACCUCGAGCUGCCUCGCACAACUCUCUUGAGGUUUCUCUCUUCUUCUCUCAAGAACACAAGAACACACACCAUGGAAACUCACACGCACACACACUUCAUCAAGGAGAAAGCUGGCUUUGCCUUGUCUCCCCGUGAAAAUCACAGUGGCUACAUGUUUUCACACGCUCUGAUAUCAAUUAAACCUCAGAAGAGUUGUGCGAGGAAGCUCGAGGUAAAAGAAAAGCGGCGCUGCGAGAGGCGGCGUCAACAUAUUUUACAGUUUCAUCUUCUCUGGUACUAGUGAUUUUCAGCUGGGCCUUUUCUUUGUUCAUUUGUUUUGAACAGGCCAACUGGUUGUUCUUCAGACUUCACAGUUCUAGUCUCUUAAUUAACAUGAAAGUAUUGAAAUAUGUCGUUUAGUUUUAGUCUGAAUCGUUGCAGCUUUCGUCGUGUCAUGUGCCUUGGUUGUCAUGCCGUCAUUUUCGAGGAUUUGAUCGACUUGAUGCCAUCUCUAUUACACUCACUGGUGCCUCUGAACGCACGCUGCACUCCUCUCCGUAGAGUUGUCUGAGCCACUACUGUAAUCAUCCACUAAUUUAAUUACCGCGUCCCCGGGUACUCGUGCUAAUGCACAUGACUUGAUGCAUCUCCUCAACUAACGCUGCGCUCCAUAGGCUUAGUUGUUUGAACCACUACUGUGUAAUGCACGUGAUCAGAUCCGCUUUAAUCGCGUACUAUUAUACAUUAAUCGGUGGCAGGCUGUACGCUCUGUAUACAACGGAAAAGAGUGCAGCAGAGCUGUAAUCAGUCUAGCUUGCUUGCUUGCUUCACCUACCAAGUCAUCAGCACACCCGGAGAUUCUGAGAUCUCAACUCUGUUGCGAGAGACUCGUACGGUGCCUGCUGCCGGAGAUGGCGGAGACGGUGGUGAGCAUGGCGAGGUCCAUGGUGAGGGGCGCCAUCAGGGUGGCUGCUUCUGCCGCUGCCGCUGAGGUGGGCCUCCUCGUCGGCGUCCGAAAGGAUAUCUGGUUCAUUAAAGACGAGCUCGAGACGAUGGAGGCAUUCCUGGAGGUCGCUGAAUCAAUAAACAAGAAAGAUGUGCUCCUGAAGGUGUGGGCAAAACAAGUAAGGGAUCUGUCAUACAACAUUGAAGAUUGCCUCAGUGACUUCAUGGUGCAUGUUGGAAGCCAAAGCUUGUUACGUCGGCUCAUGAAGCUCAAAGAUCGCCAUCGGAUUGCCAUACAGAUCCGUGAUCUCAAAACAAGAGUUGAAGAAGUAAGCAUCAGGAACACACGCUACAACUUGAUCAAGGCGGCGGCCUCCAACACCAUUGGUGACAUGGAUUCUCACAUGGAAGAUGUCCGCAAUCACUCGGCUAGCAACAUUGAUGAAGCAGAACUUGUUGGCUUUUCUAAGCCGAAGAAAGAGUUAAUUAAGUUGAUGGAUGUCAAGACUGAAGAUGGUACAGCCAAGGUGGUAUUUGUUGUUGGCAUGGGUGGUUUAGGAAAGACUACUCUUGCCAGGAAGGCAUUUGAAAGUAAGGAAGAUAUUGUGAAUAAGUUUUCUUGUCGGGCUUGGAUCACAGUCUCGCAGACAUUUUCCAAGAUAGAGAUGCUCAAGGAUAUGAUCAUGCAACUUUUCGGAAAUGAAGAACUGAAGAAGCGUUUGAAGGAACUUGAGGGGAAGACGGUGCAAGUAGAUGAUCUCGCCAGCUACCUUAGGGAAAUGCUACAGGAGAAGAGGUACUUUAUUGUUCUUGAUGACUUGUGGACCACUGAUGCAUGGGGGUGGAUCAAAGAUAUUGCUUUUCCAGCUACUAACAUCAAAGGUAGCCGGAUAAUAGUAACAACACGAGAUAUUGGCCUAGCUCAGCAGUGUACUUCCAAAUCGCUUAUUUACCACCUUAAACACCUACAGAUAGAUCAAGCCACAAAUUUGCUACUGAAAAAGAUUGGGAAAACACACACAGAAACAGAAAGUGAUGAAAGGAUGCGGAAUGUGAUCUCCAAAAUAGUUAAUAAGUGUGGUGGUUUACCAUUGGCUAUACUAACCAUAGGAGGUUUGCUUGCUACCAAAGUGGUAGAAAUGUGGGAGAGUAUUUAUGACCAGAUUCCCUCGGAGCUUGAGACUAACCCAAGCCUUGAAGCAAUGAGGAGGAUGGUCACUCUUAGUUUCAACCACUUGCCAUCUCAUCUUAAAUCAUGCUUCCUAUACUUAAGCAUCUUUCCGGAGGAUUUUGAAAUCAGGAGAAGACGUUUGGUUGAUAGAUGGAUAUCAGAGGGGUUUGUGAGAGCUAGUGGUGGAGUUAAUGUUGAGGAUGUUGGAAUAGGUUAUUUCAAUGAGCUAAUCAACCGAAACAUGAUUCAACCAUCAAAAGUGAACAUAGAAGGAGUUGUUAAGAGCUGCCGGGUCCAUGAUAUCAUGCGUGAUGUAAUGGUCUCAAUUUCUCGAGAUGAAAACUUUGUGCACCUGGUGGGAGAUAGUGAAUCCAGUAUAAUAGAGGGGAAUUUCCGUCAUGUAGCAUACCAUGGUAGCAAGGGCCAAAAUAUUGGCAUGGAUUGGAGCCAUGUUCGGUCAUUAACAAUGUUUGGUGAGAGACCCACGGAGUCAUCACCUUCAGUUUGUUCAAGCAACAUGAGGAUGCUUAGAGCCUUGGAUCUGAAGAAUACACAGUUUAAAAUUAGACAAAAAGAUAUAAACAACAUUGGGUUGCUGUACCAUUUGAAAUAUGUGAGCUUUCCUGGAGAUACAUAUAUAUAUGCACUUCCAAAGUCUAUUCGGAGAUUACGAGGUUUGCAAAACUUGGAUAUUAGAAAUAGUUAUAUCACAGCACUGCCAAUUGGGAUCUGUGAACUUCAUAGUCUCCGCAGCCUUCGUUGUAGCAAAAUAUCAAAGUCCAUCUAUUUUAGUCCAAAUUACCCCAUGGAUUGUUUGAUGGAGACAUUGCGCCUGCCCAUGCUAUGCACACCUUUAGUUGAUCUCGACGAGCAUGCUCACCUAGUUGCUGAGCUACAUAUGGGGAUAUCUAGUCGGUGGUUCAGGACAGAAGGUGUGAGGAUUCCAAGAGGGAUCGGCAACUUAAAGGAGCUGCAGAUACUAGAGGUGGUGGACAUCAAACAAACCAGCAAGAAAGCAGUUAAAGAGUUGGGGGAGCUUAUUCAGCUAAGAAAACUGAGCAUGCUAGGCAAAGGAAGUUUUGCCGAGCAAAAACGCAAGAUACGGUAUCUCUGUGCCGCCAUAGAGAAGCUCUCUUCCCUGCGCUCUCUUAGUCUGGAUUUUGACUAUGAUUUUGACUAUAGUGUUGGAUCACUCGAGUGGUUGCAUAAUGUCUCCUCCCCUCCUCCCCUGCUAAAUAAGUUGAAGUUGGUCGGACUACUUGGAGGGAAGAUGCCCGAGUGGGUUGGCAGUCUGAAGCAUUUGGUGAAGAUUCAUUUGGGGUGGAGCAGACUAAAUGAAGAUCAAAUAACGGAAAUGCUAGGGGAGCUGCCCAAGCUCAUGCUCCUCAGUCUGCGCACAUUUGCUUAUUUUGGGAAGAAGUUAGUGUUCAGAGCGAGAUCAUUUCUCAAUCUGAGGAAACUCUCCAUUCAGCAGCUUGGUGAACUGAGGGAGGUGAGAUUCGAGAAUGGCGCCUCGCCACAGAUGGAACUGCUAGAAUUCAGUGUUUGCGAUUUGGAAUCAGGGAUUAUUGGUAUCAUUCACCUUCCAGUGCUCGAGCAGAUUUCACUUGGUUACAAGGGCAAAGUGGCCAACCUUGAUAUUCUGCAAGGUGAAGUGGACGCACACCCCAACCAUCCCGUGCUGCAACUCAACAAAGACCGCAGCGAGCAUGACUUGGGGGAUGUUAUCCAAGGAUCCAAUGUUGCAGAAACAGAGGAUGAAGACGAACCAUCCUCGCUCCUUGAGACUUGUACGGCGGGGGAGAGCUCACAACCAGAAGUGGUGGUCAUGCCGACGAGGAAUGUCAUCAGCCAUGAUGAUCUGCUCUACACUUACAAUUCAUGCUGAUGCCACACGCCUCUUUGUAAACGGCGAUGGUCUCGUCUCGUCUCUGUUUCAUAUGACGACUCACCUCUUGCUGGACACUAGACUUUCUCAGCAUGGGACAAGCUGGAGCAACACAUAAUGCAGCUGGAACUAUGGUGCACUGUCUGAUUGGUUCAAAAUUUGCUGAAUGUUACUAGCUAGCAAGGAAUCAGCUAGAGCAAGAUCAUAAUAAUAAACAUCCCAAGUUCCCAACAAUCCAGAGUGGUCGCCAAAGACACUGCAUGAACCAGAAGCUCGCAGUUUCUCGAUAAGUUCGUGGGCAUCUGAAGUGAACUGAGAUCAUACUCAUAACUACCUCUGAACACAUAUGUAUUCAACUGCGAGGAGAAGUGGAAGAUCCUACAGGCUAUAUCACCAGAAUGCUAUUCAAGUUUGGUAGCUGCUGGUGGCCUCUGAAGAUAUGUUGCCUGAUCAGAUCAAGUGGCAACUGCUGAUUCCCCUCAACAAGAUGGCAAUCGAUUCUUACUAGACAUGGAUAACUUGAUGAGAACAUAUUGACACAGACUAUAUCUACAUGUUUCUUCUCUGUAUUUUAAGACUGAGAACUCUAUUUGUUGCUGCUAACAUAUGUAUAUUUCCCUAUAAAUCGAGAAUGUGAACUCGCUAUCCAAGUUCCACAGAUUGAUUCCAUGAAACACACAUGCUGUGGCUGCACCCAUUCUUUCAUAUGUUUGUUCGACAAGAUUUUUGUACUACAUUUUGUACGAAAUAAAAAGUUGUUUGAUGAUAA